GGAGAGGACUGAGCACCCGCGACCGGACAGGCUGGGCCGAGGGGCGGCGGCGAAAGGCAGGGCGCCGCGAUCUCUGUCGGGAAGCGCACCCUCCCCGGGCCCCGCGGGGCCGCGCAGGGGGCGUUCUCAAUCCCGCUGCCGCUCCCUCCUUCCAUCCCCUGCCGCCCGCAGACCACUCCGGAGCCCGGUUAUCCGCGGGCGCGUCCCCGGGCUCGGGCCCGUUCCCGGCCCUCGAGGGAGCCGCCGCCUUCACCGACACCUCUGCAGCGGCCGCGCCAGAGGCCGCCCGGGCAGGAACCCGGCGUGAGCAUCGAGCGCCCCCCAAGGAGUGCACGACCCCCGGAGCCGCCCUCAGCACGGACCGCGCCCGCCGGGCACACAAGAAUGGUCACUCAGAUACUCGGGGCCAUGGAGUCUCAGGUGGCGGGGGGCCCGGCCGGCCCGGCCCUGCCCAACGGGCCACUCCUUGGUACAAACGGAGCCACUGACGACAGCAAGACCAACCUCAUCGUCAACUACCUGCCCCAGAACAUGACUCAGGACGAGUUCAAGAGUCUCUUUGGCAGCAUUGGCGACAUCGAGUCCUGCAAGUUGGUUCGGGACAAAAUCACAGGGCAGAGCCUCGGCUAUGGGUUUGUGAACUACUCGGACCCCAACGAUGCAGACAAAGCCAUCAACACCCUCAACGGCCUCAAAUUGCAGACGAAGACCAUCAAGGUGUCCUACGCCAGACCCAGCUCUGCAUCCAUCCGGGACGCCAACCUGUACGUCAGCGGGCUCCCCAAGACCAUGAGCCAGAAGGAGAUGGAACAGCUCUUCUCCCAGUACGGCCGCAUCAUCACCUCCCGCAUCCUGGUGGACCAGGUCACAGCAGGUGUCUCUCGGGGUGUGGGAUUCAUCCGCUUCGACAAGAGGAUCGAGGCCGAGGAGGCCAUCAAGGGACUGAAUGGGCAGAAGCCGCUGGGCGCGGCUGAGCCCAUCACGGUCAAGUUCGCCAACAACCCGAGUCAGAAGACGGGGCAGGCCCUGCUCACUCACCUCUACCAGUCGUCUGCCCGGCGCUACGCGGGCCCCCUGCACCAUCAGACGCAGCGCUUCCGGCUGGACAAUUUGCUCAACAUGGCCUACGGAGUCAAGAGUCCCCUGUCGCUCAUCGCCAGGUUCUCGCCCAUCGCCAUCGACGGCAUGAGUGGCCUGGCCGGCGUGGGCCUGUCAGGGGGCGCGGCGGGCGCCGGCUGGUGCAUCUUCGUGUACAACCUGUCGCCGGAGGCAGACGAGAGCGUGCUGUGGCAGCUGUUCGGGCCCUUCGGGGCGGUCACCAACGUCAAGGUCAUCCGCGACUUCACCACCAACAAGUGUAAGGGCUUCGGCUUCGUCACCAUGACCAACUAUGACGAGGCGGCCAUGGCCAUCGCCAGCCUCAACGGCUACCGCCUGGGCGAGCGCGUGCUGCAGGUGUCCUUCAAGACCAGCAAACAGCACAAGGCCUGAGUCGCCUCCCCACCCUCCCCGGGCAGCAGAGAGAGAGAGAGAGAGAGAGAGAGAGAGAGGGGGCCCGAGAGAGACAGCGCAGGCAGACCACGGACGGCCGAGGGCCCGCAUCCCAGCGGGAGCCACAGGGUGAGCACUCGGGGGGUAGGGUCUGCAGGGAACGGGGGGUGCCUGGGGGUCCCCCACCCCAUCCUCUUGCCCCCACACCCCAGGCUGGGCUGUUCACUCUCUCGUCUUGGUUUUGAUCAUGGUGAUGGUUUUUGUUUCUUUUUUCGGCUCACAAGAAAGCAGAGACGUACCCCCACCCCACCCUCCACCUCCCCCUGUGGGAUGGCUUGGGGGGGCCCCCAGGCCCCCUUGCCCAGGCCUCCCCUACACCCAGGUGAGCCUGAGGGGAGGGGGGAACAGGUUUAAAAAUCCCCAAAAGAGCGAAGCGUGAGGAGGGGUGUGGGCAGCCCUGGCCCAGAGCCCCUUGGUAGGGGCGUAAGGGGCAGGGGGAGGGGCUGGAAACAGAAACAAAAUGAAAAAAAAGGGGGGGGUGGGAGGGGAAGAAAAACUCUAUUUUUGUAAAAAGGGAAAAAAGACCUCGUGGAGAAUUUUUACUGGGGAUUCUUGAACUUGAAAAAAAAAAACACAAAAAAAGACAAAAAAAAAAAAAGAAAAUAUUUUGGCAGGUUAUGUUUACCAACUGGGGCAAGGCUUGGGGGCUGGGGGUCCGGGGGACUACACAGAGAAACACAGCCACGCCACGCAAAUACACGCAGGGGCACGUACACGCGCAUACACACCACAGGGACACACAGAGAGACCCAGAGACACGCUCCAGACACGGUCAGGAGGUCACUGGCCAAACCCAGACAUGUAGAUAAACACGUGGAUGCACACAGGAGACCCAAAGAUGGGGUGACGUCAGCAUAGAUGGAUGUGGGCACAAGUGGCCAUGGGUGGAUGUGGCCAGAGGUGGAUGUGGCCAUGGGAACAGUGCCAUGUGUACACGUGGACCCAUGGAAGGUACAUUUGGACACACAAAUCUAGACACCCAGGCAUGGUGAAACAGACACAACAUCCAGGGACACACAAACAUGCCCAUAGCAUCUCUGGGGCCCAGGCGAGAGGUCGCAGCACAGACUCCAGCGCAGUCCACCUCCUCCAGCCAGGCCCCGCCCCCGGCCCUCGCCCCACUCGCCCCUGCCCUGAUUCCCUGCAGAGGUCUCACCUCGCUCACCAGAGCUCCCUGCUCCCCACGAACACCGGCGUGCGAACUCGGCAUCCAUGCAUCCAGACACACAAUACCUCGUUCCAUUUUUGGCAUCAUGGUGGGCUGGAGGCAGCCCCCCCAACACUUGAGGCCAAAGGACCCCGUCCCCGGGGCUGAGGCUCCCUGGGCCGGCUCUGAGCCUCGCCCCUGCAGGGCCUCCCCAGCAGCAAGCCCCCGCUAACCCCCGCCAGGCCCAGGGUGGACGGGCCCGGGGCCCCGCCCCACAUCCCCUUCUCGUCCACCUGUUCCCCUAUUUCAGUUGUUGGGUUUCUCCGUCUUUCCAGAUCAGUGAGGGCAGUGGACGCAGCCCCCAUCCCCAGCCCCGGCUCCGGCUUCUGUCUGGAACUUUCCAUCCCCCUAGUUUUCAUUCUUCGUAAAAAAAACAAAAUUCCAACAGAAGCCAAAGGCCGGAGCCCCCGGGAGCCCUCGCAGCCCCCCACCCCCGCAGCGGGCCCCAUCAGAAGUGAGAAUUGCAAACCCCAAUUCUCAGCUUCGGUCGCCCCCCCCCUCCGGUGUCCCUGCAUUUUGGUGUCCGGCCACGGCCCCGUCUGACUGCCCAGCUCUCUCUCCCCCACCCCUCCCGGUGUUGUUAUUAACCGUCUGUGGAGCUUCUGCUGCAAGGAACAAAAAGAAAAAAAAAAUCAAAAAAGCGACAAAAAAACACAAACAGAAGAGAAAAAAAAAAGCGACAAAAAAAGGAAGAAAAAAAACACACACAGAAGAGAUUUAAAAACAAAGAAAAAAAAAAAAGACAUAAACUGGCACCAGUUAACUUUCUUGUACUUUUUUGCCGAAUUUAGCUUCUCGUAGUUUUAACUUAUUGCUAUGUUAACUAUUUAUUCUUAUUGUUGCCCUGUAAGGACAUUUGUGUAUAUUUCUGUUCCUCCAUCCAGUUUGCAAGUUUAAGGAACCACGAUGUUCUUUGUUUCUUUAAGUUUUGCGGAGACGUGAUUAUGCCUAAUUUAUUUAUAAAAGGGGAAGUGGAAUCAUUAAAGUAAUAAUAAUUAUUAAUAACAGUAACGGUAGCCAAGCGGCACCCGGGGGCGCAUGCGCUCUGCGGGGCGGUCCCCGCGCAGCCAGCGCCCUCCGGGGUCUCAAUGGGAUUAUUUUUGCUGUCUUGAGAAUUUUUUCAGUCCUAUUUAGCUGGUGAAAACCCUAGCUUGUUCUUGAUACACGAACCUAUUUAUUCUUGUGGUUUUUAAGUCCUCCCGGAUCCCCCCUCCCCUCCAGCAGGGCAGACCCCCCCCUCCCCGGGGGUCCUUCCCUCUCCUCUGCUGUUCCCUGGGCUCUCUCCCCUCUGCCCUCCGCGCGGGGGACACGUGUGCGCACGUGGGCAGCGCGGCGGAGGCAUUUGUGAGCAAUAAGGGCUGGGUUUGUCCCCACUCUGGGGGGGGGCCGGGCUCUGGAGAGGGGACACCUCCCCACACUCCCUCCCCCCCCCCACUGAGGCCCGGGCCCCUGCCAACCCCAACUCUGGGAGGGGACUUCUUUUUCUAAAACACAGAACUCAGCCCAGCCAGGCCCCCUUCCUGGAGGCCAGCCCCUCACCCCAGGGGAGGGCGCCUGGGGUCUCCCGUGUCCCUGGGGGGCAGGGGCAGGGGCCGUGGGGAUGGGGGCUCAGCCCCUCCAGCCCUCCCUUCAUCUUAUUUAUUCGGAAGGUUUCAAAUCAGAGUCCGUGUUGGAGGUGAUAAAGAACUGUAAGAAAAAAAAAAAAAAAAAAGACAAAAAAAAAAGACACACACAAACCCAAAACCCAACAAGAACACUUUGCGUUGCGUUUAGACUAUUUAUUACCGGGAUUACAGGCCUGGCCGCGGUAACAGACUUUUACAUGGAAUUGUUUAAUUAUUUGUACUUUUCAUGCCAGAAAAUAAAAGUUCAGAAUCUUA